AUGUCGGGUUCAACAGAUAUCAGAAAGCUCUCCAUCCUUGCAGAAGCCCGGAAAGCGGCAGUUGCUGGAGAGAUACCUCAGAAAGCACAUUAUUCCCCACCAUGGGCGGACAUGAGCAUAAUCGGAAUAGCUGGAUCUUCGGGUUCUGGCAAGACAAGUCUAGCGGUGGAGAUCGUGCAGUCCUUGAAUCUUCCCUGGGUCAUCAUCUUGUCUAUCGAUUCAUUCUACAAGUCGUUAACGCCCGAGCAAAACGCGUUGGCACACCAAAAUGAGUACGACCUCGACUCGCCGGAGUCGAUCGACUUUGAUCUCCUUGUGGAGAAACUGAUAGAUCUCAAGCAAGGGAAGCGAACCGACAUACCGGUAUACUCUUUUCAGCAACACCAGAGGUUGGACAAGACCGUUUCGAUAUACUCGCCGCAUGUUGUGAUUCUCGAAGGGAUUCUCGCCUUAAACGAUCCACGCGUUCUGGACCUACUGGAUAUGAAGAUCUUCGUUGAAGCAGAUCCGGACGUCUGCCUGUCGAGGAGGAUCGUGCGUGAUGUGAGAGAGCGGGGUCGAACCAUUGAAGGUGUCAUCAAACAGUGGUUCAAAUACGUCAAGCCCGUCUUCCAGAAAUACGUCGACCCACAAAGAGAGAUUGCCGACCUUAUAGUGCCUCGUGGGAUGCAGAACAAGAUGGCUAUUCAGAUGAUCGUCAACCAGACCAGACAGAUCUUGAAGGAGAAGUCCAUCAGGCAUAACGCAGAGUUAGAGAAGCUAGGCCAGCAGGUCGAAGAUUAUACCCUCUCCGACAAUGUCAUGGUCCUCGGCGAAACACCACAAGUUGUCGGCGUGUCAACGAUUCUACGAAACCCAAUAACUGACCAGGUCGAUUUCGUCUUCUACUUCGACAGACUGACCGCACUUCUGAUCGAAAAAGCUCUCGAUUGCCACAACUAUGUCGCGACGGACAUUACAACUCCAUCAGGCGAUAAAUAUUCUGGUGUCAAAUCAGCCGGCAAAGUUUCUGCCGUAGUCAUUCUGCGAGGCGGAAGCUGUAUGGAGACAGGGCUGAAGCGAACAAUUCCAGAUUGUCUGACCGGUCGACUGCUAAUACAAUCCAACAUGCGUACCGGUGAACCAGAACUGCACUAUCUCAAGCUGUUCCCUGAUCUUACUGAGCACGAAACAAUCAUGCUUCUAGACCCGCAGAUGUCGAGCGGCGGAGCAGCCCUGAUGGCCGUCAAGGUUUUGGUUGAUCACGGGGCUGAUGAGGAAAGAAUUGUGUUUGUCACCUGCAUGGCCGGUCGACGGGGUCUGAAGAGGCUGAUGACAGUUUUCCCGAAGAUCAAGGUGGUAGUGGCCAGGAUUGUCGAGGAUAAUGAGAAGAGGUGGAUGGAAGAGAGGUAUUUCGGCUGUUAG